AUGGAGGGCCGCACAACCAGCGGCUCGACCGAAGAGGAAACGUGUUAUGUGGGAGGACCCGUGGAUAUACCUUGUCACCAAGGCCGUACUCCUUUAUACUCGGCUGCUGUGCGGUCAGUCUCCCACGUGCAGGAUGCCAUAAAGUUUGCAAAGGAUCAUAACCUACGACUUGCAAUCCAAAAUACUGGUCAUGAUGGUUCGGGGCGCUCCAGUGCUCUAGGCUCAUUCGAGAUACACACGCAUCACCUGAAACAUACACAUUAUCAUGAUAACUUCCAGCCAGUCGGGGCUACUACAACCUCGGGACCUGCGGUUACUGUUGGGGCUGGAGUUAUGCUCGGAGAGCUCUAUGCCGAGGGUGCUCGGCAAGGACACACCAUAGUCGGGGGAGUAUGUCCCACCGUCGGCUUUGUUGGCGGCUUCCUUCAAGGGGGCGGUGUUUCUGGAAAGUUCAGUCACACCAGGGGGCUUGCUGUCGACAAUGUUUUGGAGAUUCAAGCUGUAACAGCAGAUGGUGACUUGGUAGUAGCCAACGAUUACCACAAUCAAGACCUGCUUUGGGCAUUAAGAGGAGGGGGGGGAGGUACAUUCGCGCUCGUCACUCAAGCAACGGUGCGGAUAUUUCCAGACGUCCCGUGUGUUACCACCCGGUUUGAAGUAUCUGCACCGGAAGGCUUAGAUGAAGAGUCCUGGACGCAGGCGUUGACACAGAUGCUCAAGACUUUACGGAUAUUUAACGAACAAAGCAUCGCUGGAGAGGUUCACCUGCAAGCCGAUCCGCUGACUGCAAGGCUCACUCUACAUUUUUUGAAUACAACGGACCUCGACAACGUUGAUCUUCGACUGAGAGUACUCUUCGACUAUUUUCGAACCCAGCAAAUUCCGUACAAUUACUCAUCCGAAUAUUAUGCUCUAGUAAGUUCGAGUUUACGGCACGAUCCCGAUAUCUACCCAGCAGAGUACGGGAUCACACAAGGAUCUGUUCUGGUUUCGGAACACCUAUUCAAGUCACCACAAGGACCAUAUCAAAUAGCCAAGACACUCACUCAAGUUCAUCUUCAAUCUGGUGAUGAACUCUUUUUGAACACUCUCGGAGGAGCAGUCAAUAUCAACCCUAAUUCUGUUAAUGCAUCAAUGCAUCCAGGUUGGCGCCAUUCAGCACUGCUGAUAAACCUCUACAAGUCCGUUCCCCGCUCUGUGGAAGCCAGAUCACAUGCUAGCUACGAGCUCACAAGUGUGCAAAUGCCGAUUCUGUACUCACUAGAUCCGAGUUACAAGGUGUCCUAUCUUAACAUGGGCGACCCAAACGAUCCUGACUUCCGAAACGUGUAUUGGGGCACGAAUUAUGAUCGAUUGUUGGCUAUCAAGCAAAAGUGGGACGCUGACGCAUUGUUUAUAACCAGGUUGGGGGUAGGGAGUGAGUUUUGGGAUCAGGAUGGUCUAUGCAGGAAACAGGGUGGCCUCUGGGGUUGA